CAAGAGUCUUUGAAGUGUAUUUUAACACUCUACUUGACCACGUUAGUGUGUGCCGAUCUGAUACGUUUUCCGGUCUUUUACAAGUCUUAUUCACUUCCUGUCCACGAGGGUUCAGCCGCGAUGCAGGGCACUAAGAAAGCUAAGGAGCCAAUACAGGCCGUCCAGGUCUUUGGACGCAAGAAAACCGCCACGGCUGUUGCCUACUGCAAGCGUGGUAAUGGCAACCUGAGGGUAAACGGCCGUCCUCUUGAGAUGGUUGAGCCGCGAGUCCUCCAAUACAAGCUUCAGGAACCCAUUCUGCUGCUAGGAAAGGACCGAUUUGCUGGUGUCGACAUCAGAGUGCGAGUCAACGGUGGUGGUCAUGUCUCACAGAUCUAUGCUAUCAGACAAGCCAUCUCCAAGGCUUUAGUUGCCUACUACCAGAAAUAUGUGGAUGAGGCAUCAAAGAAAGAAAUGAAAGAUGUUCUUAUUCAGUAUGACCGCACCUUGUUAGUGGCUGACCCACGUCGGUGCGAGCCCAAGAAGUUCGGAGGUCCAGGUGCCAGGGCCAGGUACCAGAAGUCUUACCGUUAAGGUGUACCUUGGUGUAUCUUAUAUAAUAAAAAUCUAUAAAUCCAA